AUGGUAGAGAAAUUAAGAAAUUUUGGUGAGUCCCAAGAGAACAUUGCCGCUUAUAAAGCCAUGAUUACAAAAUUGCAAAGACCAUUUGACGAACUUGAAACGGAGUACAAAUGUUUGGAGUAUUUCAAAAAAAUAGGAAGUUACAUACCUCCCGAAGAAAUAAAAAUUAAUUGCAAGGAUGUUCUUAUUGGUAAAAAGAAAGGUACAGUAUCUAUAGAGAAAAAGAUAACGAUUCAAUUCAUCCCAUUGAGAAAUGUAUUAAAAAAAUUUUUCGAACAACCGAGAAUUUUUCAAGAAACAAUGAAUUAUAAUGACAGUCUUAACAAAUAUAAUUUGUUAAUAUCAAAUAUUAUUCAAGCGGAUAAUUGGAAACUAAAAAAGGAAUCAUUUGAUGACAGAUUAGUUUUGCCAAUGCUACUUUAUCAAGAUGAUUUUGAAACUAACAAUCCCUUGGGAACUCACAGGGGUAUAGGAAAAAUCGGAGGUGUUUACAUUGUAAUACCGUGUUUACCUCCUUCUAUACAAUCAAAAACAGAAAAUAUAUUUUUAUUAACACUGUACAAGUAUUCAGAUCAAAUGGAUGUUUCCUUACAUGACAUUUUCGCAAAAGCAAUGGAAGAAUUACAGUUUCUAGAGCAAAAAGGAAUCUCAAUUUCGACAUCAUCUGGUUUAGUUGAUGUUUACUUUUCAUUAGCGGGAGUAAUCGGUGAUAAUCUUGCGGUUCAUACAAUUUUGGGAUUUAUGAAAAGUUUUUCUGCCAAUUUUCCGUGUAGAGUCUGUUUGAUAAACAACAGCGAGAUAAAUUCCGUAUUAAAAACAUCAAUGUGCCAGUUGCGGACAGAAGAGAAUUACUUACAACUAUUAACCAUGAAUCAACCUAGUUUGACAGGUAUUGCUGGCCCGUCGGUAUUAAGUAAAUUGACUAGUUCAUCAACAAUUAAUCUUAUAACAGUUGACAUUAUGCAUGACAUUUUGGAAGGUAUCUGCGAAUACGAUUUAGGAUUGCUGUUGUAUCACUACGUCGUGACAAAAAAAUUCUUCACUUGUGAAGAUCUUAAUAAUAAAAUAAACGGUUUUUAUUAUGGUGAUGAAAUCCGCAACAAACCUCGGGAAAUUAAUAUGAUUAAGUUAAAGAACAAACAUAUAAAAAUGUCUACUAGCGAAAUGCUUUGUUUUUUGAGAAAUAUUGGUCUCCUGAUCGGGCAUUACAUUCCGACUGAUGAUCAGCAUUGGAAAAUUGUUAUAGUAUUGAAAGAAAUAUUGGAUAUUAUCACUGCAACUGUGGUCCAUGGGGAUUUGGCAGACCAUUUGGAAAGUUUGAUCGAAGAAUAUUUGGAGUUAGUUACUUUGUUGUUCCCAGAAUAUGCUGAAGUUCUUAAACUUCUGGUAGACCGGGAAAGGGAGAGGCGAAAUAUGGCUAUGAUUGAUGAACUUGAACAUAACGAAUUAAAAGAAUCUGUAAUCUGUGUAGAUACACCUAUAGCAAACGAAGCCAAGAAAGAAUCUUAUAUUUGGCCAGAUGAGGCAGUUCUUUUAUUUCUGGAGAUUUAUUGA